UUUAAUACAAAUCCAAAUCAAUACUUUCCACAUUUUUUGUCACGUAAAUACACUUAACGCUAAUAAGUAAGUAUUUAAAUGUGCAAAUACAUGAAUAAUUUUUCCUGCUCGUAAACCUGAACAUUCAUCACAUCCAAAUAUUAAGGAUUUAAUCGGAAUGGAAUCAUCUAGAGGAAACUUAACCGUGCACGAGACCGCACUGAAUAAUCCAAUCAUUUUGACCGAAAUACUAAAACAGAGGUCAGCCCCGCUGAAAACGUGUCGACUCGUUUCCCACUUUUGGAACGAAAUUGCCCUCUCUCUCACCCACCCAAGAAUUGGGUUGAAACCAAACCCAAUUUUUGAAAAUGAGUCGACUUCAAUUCACGAUUCGUGCCACACAUUCGACGCACGACUUGCAAAAAUGAUAUGCGUCGUGUUCACCCGGGUCGGACCGUUGGAUUCCUUCGCAUCUGAAGUAACCAACCUUUGUGCCAAGUUUACCAACCUGAUCCACAUUUUGGACCUUACUGUCGAUCAAGAAUUCUACAUGAAAACAAUCCUCCAUAUUUUGCAAAAUUUCUGUCCAAAUUUAAAACAAUUUCGACUCACUUGUACAUUUUUCGCGUGCUCAACAAGACGGAAUCCUGCCCCAGAAGAGGAGCAAGUACCGCUUUCCCUAAAACCAAAUUUGACCAGUUUUACGCUCAGUGUGAGAAAUGUGGCCCCAUUAUUUCCAAGUUUUGCUCAGCUUGUUGUGAACGCGGCCCCAAAUUUGGGAAAGGUCACUCUUCCGAUGGGAGUCUGCCCAGAUUUAGGACAUUCCACUCAACUCGACUCCCUCACCAUCGCCCUUGACGCGACGAAACCUAGCGGGCCAAUCGCACAAGAAGACUGUCGAAAACUGUCGGAACUUUCCAGAAUGUUGGACCAAGUGCGCGAUCAACUCGUUCACUUGAACAUUUGCUGUGUUAACGAUUCUGGAAUCAAAUGGGUCAAUGAGCGUUACGACUAUGGAAGCUUGCCUCAAAAAGUAGGAUUCCAAUUGCCGAGGAGAAUGUGGAAAUUAGAGAGAUUGCGGAACGAAACGUUGCACACGUUUCAGUGCAGUGAUCUCUUCCAAAAUGUGGAAAACGUUCCGGUUUUGAGUACUCUCGUGAUUGGAAAGACGUUUAAAGAUUCGCGAUGGGUACACGAAAUUUUGCGAAACGUAUGUGAAUCGAAUAACGUUUUGGGAAGUAUGAGGGAUUUAACGAUUAUUGAGGCGCAUGAUGCCAGUCUUUUGGCAGGAUUGGUGACAGCCUUCCCUAACUUGGAGAGAUUGAAGGUGGAUACGUUUUACAGGAUGGAUUUUAGAGGAGAUAUGAGUGGAAUGGAGUUGGGUGUGGUUCUGAAGGUUUGUGCGGGUUGGAAGAGACUGAAACAUUUGAAUUUGGCGCUGUCCACGUAUCCCGAACAAAUUGGGGAUGUCAUUAAGGCUCUUGUAGAUGCCAGAGAAUUGUAUAUGGGGCUGAGUAGGCUGGAAAUUAUGACGUACGACGGGGAUGCUGAUGUCGCCCACGAUUUGUCGGAGGACGAGAUGAGUCUGACAAAAGUACUUCUCACCGCUAUGAGUGAAAUGAGCCAUGUGAAAAUUUCUAAUCUUAACUUUAGCAAAGCAUCUGCCGAGGUAAUACUCGACUUCAUGGCGGUGAACGACAUGCCACUGUGGCAGUUUAAUAUAAUUAAGGUUGAAUAAAUACUGUGACUGGAUCCGAAUAUUAAUGGUGUAAAAUUAUCCUGGUUAAAUUUUUGGGCUUGAGUAUGCAGUGAAGUCCUUCGUCUAAGGAAGACGUUAGACUCAUAGUUGUUUACUAACAUGUAUGAAGAUGUAUUCAUAAUUCUAGGAGAUUUAUUUAUUUACUGGUAAUAAUUUUGUUCUGAAUUACAUGUAUGUACAUGCGUUGACGUUUUCUGCUAUCUCAAGCUGUAUGUGCCAAAAUAUAUGUA